CUGGGUCAGGCCGUGUGGUGGACAGGACAGUGCUACACUGCUGUCAUCACACUCUUCCCGGAGCAACUUCACCUGCUACACACGGCGCCUCCCACAGUGUAUGUCACCGGACCGCCCGGUACAGGUAAAACUGUGGUGCUGCUGAUGAUGGGUAUAAAAUGGCUGCUUGGUGGUCACCGCGUCUACGUUGUCAGUACUUGUCAUGAGAGUCUUGCAGCGUGCAUCAUGAUGUAUCACCUGUUGCUGCAGACAGUAAACACACAACAGUCAGCAGGUGUAUCACAUGGUGAGCCUCACCUCCUGCAGUAUGACCUUUAUUAUGAUGAUGAGGCGGAGAAGGCCGUCAACGACUUGUCACAGGCAGCAAGAGGAGGGUCGUUGUACGUCAUCGCUGAUGAAGUGAAAGCAUACUACUUCCGCACUGUGUGUGACAUGCUGCAGACACAAGUUCCUCAUCUCCAUCUUUGGGCGGCAAGUUGUUUCCAUGGAACCGCCCCCGCCCGCUGGCAAGUGGAAUAUUUAACCAGACCCCUCCGCUCUCCACCAACCGUCGUCAGGGAAGUCGCGCAGAAUUUUAUAAUCAGUAGGGUGCCCAAUGUCCUGCCGUACAGCGAGCGAGGUGUGGCCGACCACACAGACGGCCCGCCAGUCACACGACUGUAUCACGGUGAAGGUCACUCAGGUGUCAGUCCAGUUGACUGUGUGACGUUCGGUCGUGACGUGGCCAGCUUCCUACACAGUCUCCGUGUUGGUGUUACAGAUUGAAGAUCUUCUCCAGUUCGGCGGCAACUCAAGGGAGAGCUAAGACUACAGGAAAAAAGCCUGGAGUGGACUGUGUUUAUACAAACAAACAGAGACUCUGCAUGCCAUGUCUUUACCAUAGUUUGGUUUCAUGGGCUGAAAAGGGGAGAUAACUUUAGUUUCCUAGAAGCAGUUACUUAUCUCCCCUAGUUUAUUCUAGAAAUUGUCAUACAAAAUUAAAUUUCAAUAAAAAAUUAUUUUACAUUACAAAGUGGAAAUGGAAGAGAAGGUAACAGGGCAGGCUGAGAAGCACAUCAAGGGUUUGCUUUUUGCAAUGCCUCUUCCUUAAAUUGCUUUUCUUUUUUUUUUCUCUGGGUUUAUAUAAGGCUCUUCUUUACAUAAUG